GGCUCUUACGCAGUCACAACAAACGACGACAAGCUGUACAGAUGAAUGUUGAUAGUCACGUACGCGUUACGUUCCCACCGUUCCCCAAUGCUUUAGGCCGUGGCGCAUGAGUUUAAUCUGUUCAGAAGAGAAUUUUAACGUUUUCUAGUUUGUGUAUUUAUUUGCUUUGCAGCGUGGCUGCUAUUCGUAUCUUUGCAUUAGUCUUGUCCUGUCUUUGGCGAUGCCUCAAGAGUCUGCGGAGGGGCAGCAGGCGCUGCCGCUGGUCCGAUCUCUGGUCAGCCGGACACCGGCCUGCGUGGUGUUCUGUAACUGCAGUCCGCGCGUCGUGAAGCCCGUCUGGAUCAACUUCCGCGGGGAGCCGCAGCCAUACGCUGAUAUUCAGCCGUACACCGGGCGAAGAAUGACAACUUAUGUGGGACAUCCAUGGAUGUUUCGGGAUGCAGAAACUGACGAUCCAAUGGUAGUCAACAAUAAAGAGAUGUAUUUGCCAGCCCCCCUUGAAAAUGGACAAGUCUCAAUUGCCAACAUCACAUUGCCUGUGUUGACCUUGCGAGAUCGCUGUCUGCAAGUUGUGAGGCGGUUGGUGCACAGAGAAGAUAUCUGUCAGCUGGAGAUCGCCCGCUGCCUACAAGAUGACCUUGCUCAGAGACCCAGCAUUCACGCCGAUCUACGACGCAUUAGCCAGCGGGUGGAACAGAAGCUACUGGAGAACAGAGGACAGCAAAACAGAUGAAAAUAUGAACAUUAACAUGAAUGUGAAUAAGGGCAUAUUUACUUAGAAAACCUGUUCGCCAUCACCCUGAAUGGACAGUAUAGUCUGGCACUGUAAAAUACAGUGUUGCCAAACCUCAGAUCAGGAGGAAUAUUUUCUUAAGCUAAUGGACACUUUAAACAUAGGUAUCUUUAGGUUUCACUGACUGCCGAAUGCAGAUUUUGUGUGACUGUCUGUGUGGUAGGCCUUGCAAUAUUAUAUUUUUUGAUUAGAGUUCUCUGUAUACUUUUACUCUUGUUUCAGCUUCAUAUUUGGAAAAAUCUUUGUAAAUAAUAAUAAAAAAAGUUACUAAAUGUUUUUAA